AGAUGACGACUGUCAGUAUGACACUAGAGGCGGCGGAGGUAGGAGAUGCCGGGCUGGCUCCGCCACAUCUCUUGAGAUACGCUGUAUAGACCGCUCAGGAUAUGAGUGCAUGUUUUGACUCGACCGAGAGCCCGGCCCUGGGGCGGAUUUUUUCCAGGGAGAUGUACGAGAGAGUAUUAAAGGAAAAUGGUCCCAAGGAAGAUGUGCAUUUGUCUUACGCGAGUUACUUGGCGGAGGCGGGACAAGUGGUGGACAGCCUGGAGGUGCUGUACCACGUGUGCAAGCUGUACCCUGUGAGCACGGAGAUGCUGAGCCCUGUGGUGGCCAAGAUAGUGGAGUACCUGCGGCAGGACUGGCGGGAGAACGGCUGGUCCGGGUGUAGGAACAGCUUCUCGUGCCCGUGCUGCUGGGGCGUGCUGCACGACCCCAUUACCAUCCUGUGCGGCCACACCUACUGCAAGAGGUGCCUGCUGAAGGAGGCGCCCAGGACGUGUCGAGUGUGUCAGUGGAGGGUGAAGGAGUGUGUUGGUGCGAGUGUGAGUGUGUUGGUGUCGAGGCUGGUGGCCAGGUGGUGGACGGGGGAGGUGGAGGGCGUGAGGCUGAGGGCCCUCGCCAACACCCACGUCAAGGACCACCACCUACACCACGCUGUGCACCUCUACACCCAAGCUGCCGCCCUCGCUCCCCAAGAUCACUUACUGCUGAGCAACCGUUCUCAUGUGCUCCAUGCCCUUGGAUGUGCAGAGGAUGCUCUUAGAGAUGCCGAGGCUGCUGUCAAGUGUCGGCCUGAGUGGGCGAAAGGAUAUUUUAGGAAAGCAGUGGCUUUGAAGUCGCUGGGCCGCUUUGAAGAUGCUAUUGUAUCUUUCUUACAGUGUGCUGUGCUUGAGGAGUCCAACAGUUUACAGAGCAUCGAAGAUGAGAUCACUAAGGCAUUACACAGGUUAUUGUCGAGACUAUUAACUGGUCGGAGGUUCACCGUUGAUGGGCGAAGGGGUCGACGAAAUCACUAUUAUUCUCAGCAUUGUUCAUUAGUCUUGGGUACUUCCAUUACUCGAGAGUUUGACUCUGAGGACAGUGAUGAUACACAACAGCAUCCAUCUGAAGAGUCUGCCAUGUCUAUAGAAGAAGUCCCACAAUUAAAAAAAAUAAUAAAGGAAUUUAAUCAAGAUAUGGAGAGGAAUAAAAAAGCCAGUACUGGCUAUGUUCGCAGUGUUGACCCAAGCAACUUUGACAAGAAUGACUUUGAGUGUACACUAUGUUAUGAUUACUUUUAUCAGCCUGUUACAACGCCUUGUGGUCACUCAUUCUGCCGCACCUGCUUGGACCGCUCUCUUGAUCACUCCGCAAAAUGUCCUCUCUGCAAGACCUCUAUAAGAGUGUUCUUGGCAGAAAGGCGAUCAGCAGUAACAGAAUUCAUUGAGGUGGCCAUGCAGACGAUUAUGCCAAGUGAUUAUCUAGAACGACAACGGCAACAUGAAAAAGAGAUGGAUGAGCUAGCUGCUGCCGGCAAAGAUCCCCACCAUGAAAUUCCUAUAUUUGUUGCAACUCUGGCCUUUCCAACUAUCUCCUGUCCCUUGCAUGUAUUUGAGCCUUGUUAUCGACUGAUGAUCAGACGGUGCAUGGAAUCUGGCACUCGAGAAUUUGGAAUGUGCAUGCCUAUGGCAAAUGUUAAAAAUGGUUACGCUGACUUCGGCACAAUGCUAGAAAUAAGGGAUAUAGAGUACAUUCAAGAUGGUAGGUCCAUAGUCAACACAGUGGGCUCAAGACGAUUUAAAAUUGUGAGCAAGGGUGGCAGAGAUGGAUAUAAUACUGCAGCUGUAGAAUUUCUCCAGGAUGAUAAAAUACCAAGUGACCACCUGGUAGAAGUACAGAGUCUGCAUGACACCGUGCACCAGCGAGCCUCGUGCUGGUUCAAGUCCGUUGAAUCUCUGACAAAAAAGAAAAUUCUUAACUACUAUGGUUCCAUGCCUGAUCUUGAAGGAGAUUACUGGACGAUACCCAAUGGCCCAGCUUGGACGUGGUGGAUUGUAGCCAUUCUUCCCCUAGAUUCUCGGAUCCAGUUGUCCAUCUUGCAAGAGACUUCAUUACAUCGUCGUCUGCACAUUAUUCAUAAAAUCAUUCGGUGGGUGAUUAUGCAACCACAUACAUACAUUGCAAGCAGUUACCGUAUUUCGGUGACUAACCGCAUUACCCAUUAGCAGAGUUUGUUGUCUUAACCAAAACUACUGCGGGAUCUUGGUUGUUAAUGUAAUUAAUGUAAAUAAUAUACGAACUGAACUAUUAUAUGUACAAUAAUUGUGUAACUUCGGCAGGGAAGUUAGAGUAAUGACAAAAUGCAUUUUUUUUUUUUUUUUUUUUUUUAACCUGUUUAUUUUCUUCCUAGAAGCCCUCCUAAGUCAUUAAUACUGUAUAUUAUUUUGACUGUAUAUACAAUGCUAGUAAAAUUAUUUGUUUUAUGAUCACAAAUAUUUGGCUGCUGGUCACUUCUCAGGUAAAUGUUAAUAUGGGCAUUAGCAUGUCUGACAUUGUCUUAAGUAUUUAUUAUACUGUAUAGUCAACCCACAGCAUGCAUGCACGUGGUUGUAUGCAUACCUUUUGUAUUCGAUUAAGUGAUAUCACAAUUUUCUUGGGUAUGAAUUCUAAAAAAUAAAGUUCAUUCCUACUG